UGAUUGCUAACCAGUCGUCCGUCACAGUUGUGAAAUCUCUACUUAAAUUUACGAACCUUUUCAGACAGAAAUUACCACAUUUCGCUCUGAUAUCACGAACAUACUGUCAAUUUGAUACAGUAUCUGGUUGAAUUUUCGUUCAUAUGGUUAUGGAAGCUGAUAAAAGGGUAUCUUUCGAAGUUGAGAGCGUGGAGGGUGACGACGAAAGGACGGAAAAUGAACGAAGCCCUAACGUAAGUCCCCAAAGCGAACGCAAGUGGGUCAGCAGCAAAGAGCGUAGUGCCAGUGGGGGCAGCAGCGCUGAUCAACCGCGGCGUCGUGCUCGUAGCAGGCCAAACCACAGGCGGAGCAGUAGUGCGAGUGGUUCGGAAAUUGGACAUGUUCGACAGAUGGCGCUAUCCAAUGUGUCUAGUAGCGGCAAUGUGCAGCAAGAAUCUGGGGGAUCACCUCAACAAUCUCAUGAGAAUUUGAAGAAUGGAGACCAGCAACCCAAGAUGGAGGAUAGCCUCAGGCGAAAGCGGAGAAAUAACAGAAAAAGAGCAAAUCGCAAGUGGAAACCCUAUGCAAGACUGACUUGGGAUGAAAAGAAAGAGCUUGACGAACUUGAGAGUAAACGAGCGACCAAGAAACGAGCUAAUCGACCUACGCCGUACAACACCACGCAAUUCCUGAUGGAGGAUCAUAAAGUCGACACGCCUGAUCUGAGCGCAGGAGGUAACCACAUUCCAAUGGACUCAUCGGAUGAACUCUUUGACGAGAAUGAUGAUAUUCGCGAUGGCGAUUUUCUCGAGAGGGAGUUCUCGGCUAUGUACGACGAAGUUCAGUCGGAGCGUUUGCAAUCGAUGUCAAAGGAGCAGUUGGUCUCGGAAGUUCUCACACUGUCAAAGAGAGUCAACGAGCUCGAGGAAGGCCAGCAGACAUCGGAAAACAAGACAUCAGAAGCAGAGACAAUGAACGGGCAUUUAAACAUGAAAGACAAUCUCAUCCGUGCUCGCUUGGAAAGUUUGAACGAGCUGGAACAUGAAGUGCAACGUUUACGUGAUGAAAACUCUGUCUUGAAAAAAGCUAAUAACGACACCAUAGAACUCAAAGUGUCUAUUUGAUUUAAGGGAUUUAUAUAAUCAAUUGGGUUACAUAAUCUGGUUGUUCAGUUAUACAUUAAUGUAUCCUGCAAAGGUAAUUUGCUUUUAGACCACCGGCACAGCACAUGGGUUCCUAAGAAAAGAAAUUUACUGAAAUUGUACUUACUUAAACUAAAAAUGGGCAUUUUGAUAUUUUGACAUUCCAUUCCAGUUAAAAGUAUCCUAACUUAUGACGUGCUAAAACUGCUAAUAAUAUUAACAAAUUUUUGAAUUAUUGUGGGGAUAAAGAAAAAAAAGUUAAACCUAUCAAACAAAGUUGUCUUUAACAAUAGACAAAAUAUUGGGUUGUUUAAAAUAAAAAAAUAUUGACGAGGAAAGUUGCCACCAAAAUUUGGACCAAAACAUAAUUACAAAAGCAUGUACAUAUACAUGUACUAGUUGCAAUAACGCCGUCUGCAGGAGUGUUACGUUAUCGCAACUAGUACUUGUACAUGUAUUUCUUUCCCCCUUGCAAGUUUUCUGCCAUUGUUUGAAAUAUAAAAUAUUACAGAUCGGAGUGAAUUGACCUGCAAAUUGAAACAAAAUGCAGUGGCUGGGUACAAUUUGCGUUUUUUGCUUGGUACCUUUUUGUUCAAUAAAAUAAAUUAAACAAUUUAUGAUGGAUAUUAUUUAUUAUUUGUUUUAUUUUUAUUUAUUUAUAUUUUUGGAAGGGGGAGGGGAUGAACACACGCAUGUCUCUUUGUGAAACCUCCAUUGAUGAUUUCACAUGAUUUAUGAAGUGAAUGGUAGAGUUUGAUUGUGAACCUCACCUGGCACUAUGACAACCAUAGUUAAUCAGUCUUCAGAUUAAAUAAUUAAAGUAUUUUAACUACAACUAAUUAUAAAGUGUCUUUGCAAAGAGGGAUCAAUGUUCUGGAUCUACAAAAUGUUCCGUCCAGUUUAAAAAGAAAAAAAAAAUAUUUUCUUUAAGCUGUUGCUAAAUAAUACCAACCAAAAGGGCCCAAAUAGAUGAUAUAUACUUUCAGUGCAAAAUAAAGUAGUGGCUAAAAUGUCGGGUCACUAAUUGGUAUUCUGUUUAAAAAGAAACAAGUAUUUUGACAAUUUGAGAUGCAAUUUGCAACAUGAAAUGGCCUGUGAAAGAUUUUCACUCAAUAAGAGCAACUUGGACUUUUGAACUUGUCCAGCACAUUUUUUCCUCGCAUGAUUUGUUUGCAUCAGUGUACACUUUGACUGAAAAAAGUGAAGGUACCUUUGGAAACAACAUUGCAAAAUUCUAGCUUGACAAGGAAACAAACUUGUAUUUCAUCAUCGGACAGGACAGUUUACGAUUGUGGUUUCCAUUGGUUGGGUAUGUUUUUAACAUGAUGCAUUUGUAAUUUUUUAACAUUGAUUCAUUCAUCAUGUAUAAGUGGUGCAGUUGAUAAUAAAAGACAGUAAGAACAGAUUUGUAUUCUAUAAAAAAAAAAUGCCUUGAAUUUUUUAUCUUUUGAUACCCUCGGGGAAAAGAUUUAUAUCUUGAAAGCAUUUACUUGACUGCCAUGAUUCAUUGAUCAAAUAAGUAAUGCAAUAUGAAAAGAAAAACUAAAUUACAAAACUAUACUUACUGGCUUUAUUCAACUGUAACUUUGAAUUGAUUCAUAUUGAGUUAAUUAUGAGUUUGGCAAACUGGGGUGUAUCCCUUAAUCUGUGGUAUGAAACAAUGUUGUAAAUGUUGAAAAGUGCUGAUUAAAAACACAAAGUAACAGUAUUUGCAAUUCCAUAAGGUGAUUACAAACACAAGUCUACUACCUACCUUUA